GGUCCGACAUGACGGCCGCAACUUCAACUUCUCUGUCGUCCCUCACGCUUACUUUGUCACUUUUGCCAGAAUAUUUGUAGAGAUCCGACGGCCCUUUUUACCUCAAUGUCCUUCCUCAUUGUAUAGGAUUUUUUUUUUUUUUUUUCCUCCUGGCUGUCGACAGGACUGUUUUUUUUUUUUGCUAUUUUUUUUAUUUGUGACGCUGAACCAUGUUGCUAUUGCUGCUACAAUUACUACGAGUCCAAACUUCGCUGCAACUACAGUCUCCGCCGCCCGGUCGCUGUGACAUCCCGCAGAGGCUGGACGUGUACACGCCAUGCACGUCCUGCGCCGCGGUGACCAGCAGCCUUUGCCCGCGCGGCUACACCAACGGCGGCGUGACCAACUGCAGCUACACGGUCAACAUCGGCUCCAGAGAUGUUUUGCUGGAUGGGUGCCACAGGCUGUGCGUCAAGAGCUUCAUGCAGCCACGAUGCUGCCCACAACACUGGGGGGCUCUUUGUCUCCCGUGUCCCAGCUGGUCGGGGAAGACGUGCAAUUUCCACGGGACGUGUGCGGACGGAGACCUCGGCAACGGGACCUGCGUCUGUGAUGACGGCUUCAGCGGGUUUGCGUGUCAGGCUUGCAGCAAAGAAAAAACCUUUGGCACAAACUGCAACAAAGCGUGUGACUGCGAGCACGGCGUGUGCGACGACGGGCCGGACGGGAGCGGCCGCUGCUUCUGUCAACCGCCGUACACGGGAGACCGAUGCGACCAAGUUAGCAGCCGGUGCAGCGCGUGCGGCGCAAAUUCGUACUGCCAAGGCGAAGGAGACGCCGCCACGUGCCAAUGUUUGCCGGGAUACAGGAAGUCGCCGCAGAACAAAUGCGCAAGUGUGUGUGUGUCAAGCAGCUGCGACGUCAACGCGCAGUGCUCCUCGCAGGGGUCAAAGGUCAGCUGCGCCUGCAAGGCCGACUUCCAGGGCGACGGUCGCAUCUGCGUACCCAGAAACCCUUGCGCCGUCAACAACGGCGGCUGCCCCCUCAACACCACCGUCUGCGUCUUUAGGGGACCCAACAAGGCCGCGUGCGAGUGCAUGUCCGGCAUGUCUCCGGUAGGGGGCGCCCCCGAGUCGGGCUGCAAAUUGAUCUCCGCCUGCUCGGCUGACACGUGUCACCCGUCGGCAGUUUGCCAAACCGGACUGGAUGGAAAACCCAGGUGUGUGUGUCAGCCGGGCGAGAUUGGCGAUGGGCGGCGUUGCUACGGUAACCUGAUGGAACGUCUCCGAGACCUGAACCGCAACGGACCCCAGAGAGAACAACUGACGGGGGCCGUCGACCUGUUCGAGAAAGGUUGCUCAACGCUGCUGAGUCACAACGGCCCGUGGACGGUUUUCGUCCCUCAGCUCCCGAACCCUCUGACCUUUGUGAACGAGGAGAAGGUCUGUCGCAACCACCUGAUCCUGGGUCAGCACCUGCUGCGUGAGAUGACGGACGGCCGAGAGUUCGACAUGUAUGGAGGCGCGAACAUGAGGAGCAAAGAUGACAAGCGUUUCAUCAUGCUGCACGACCCCAAGCGGCCGUACAGCAUCAUCCGCUCCGACCUGGCGGCGGCCAACGGCGUCAUCCACAUCAUCGACCGGGCGAUCACGGGCCCCUCGGCGGAAGCGGCGCCCCUCCCUCCUCCUGCCGUGUACGCCGGAUUGACCGUCGGCGAGGUUGUGAGGAAGGAGCCCAACUUCAACCGCUUCCUGUCGCUCGUUGACAAUUGCGGCGCGUCGCUGCCCCUGAACGGGCCGGGCCCUUUGACCGUCUUCAUCCCCAGCAACCAGGCGGUGGACAACGCCCGCGACGGCAGCAUCCUCUACAUGCUCAAUCAGGCCAGACAUAAACUUCAAGAACUACUCCGGAAUCACAUUUAUUCCAAGGGAAGUCUGACCUCUGACGACCUGACCUCCCUGCCCCACGUCGAGACGACGGCCAACCAGAUGCUGACCAUCUCCGCGUCCGCCGACGGCGACAUCGUUUUGGGCGACAACGGCGUGCGCGUGCUGUCGCCCAACAUCCGGGCGCUCAACGGCAUCAUCCACGUGAUCGACGGCCUCCUCUACCCGCCCACCAUCAUGCCCAUCAUGCCCCACAGAUGCGACCGUGUCGACAGCAGACUCACUCAAGGUCCGUGCGUUCACUGCAGUUACCUGUACGAGACGUCAUGUCCGGUCGGCAGCACUGAACUGGACCGCCACCUGAUUGGCUGCGACUACACGGCGUCCCCCCUGCAUCUGCUGCAAAGCAAAGGCUGCGCCAAAUACUGCAACGUCACCACGCGGACGCCCGAGUGCUGCAAAGGUUUCUUCGGGCCCGACUGCAAGCCGUGCAUUGGCGGCUUCCAGCAUCCCUGCUACGACAAAGGAACGUGCUUCGACGGUAUCCGCGGAAACGGCUCUUGCAGCUGUCAAUCCCCCUUCGAGGGCAUGGCCUGCCACAUCUGCUCUGACCCGUCCAAACACGGCGAGCUCUGCGACGAAGAAUGUCGCUGCGUUCACGGCGUGUGCGACAACCGACCGGGCAGCGGCGGCAUGUGUCGGCCCGGCUCGUGCCUGGACGGGUUCUCCGGCGAGCGUUGCGAUAAAGCGGCCACGCCGUGCAAUGCCGACGGCCUGAUGGAACACUGCCACAUCCACGCAUACUGCACGCAUAGCGGACUGGAAAGCACGUGCGUGUGUCGGGACGGCUACGAAGGUGACGGCCACUCGUGCGCGGCCAUCAACCGCUGCCUGAAGAGCAACAGAGGAGGCUGCCACGCCAACGCCGAGUGCGUGUACGUGUCACCGGGAAACGUGUCGUGCGUGUGCGUGGACGGAUGGACAGGCGACGGACGCGUGUGCGCGGAGGUCAACAACUGCCAGACGGACGCGCGGGGAGGAUGCAGCCCAAAUGCAGACUGCAACCACCUCGGACCCGGACAGAGCGAGUGUGUGUGUAAAGCAGGUUACAUGGGGAACGGCGUGGCCUGCGACCUCGUUAACCCCUGCUUGACCAAAAAUGGAGGAUGCCACGACCUGGCAAAGUGCGAGCAGACGGAGGACGGCAACCGCACGUGCACGUGUCCCGACGGCUACGAGGGAGGAGGAAUCCUCUGCUACGGAACCUUGAUGGAGGAGCUGGACAUGAACCCUCUGCUGGGCAGCCUGUACUUCAUGAUUCACAGGUACCCUCACGCCGCCGCCGACCUCAGCGGCAACCUCACCGUGCUGGUCCCGACCAGAGCGGUGCUGCGAAACAUGACCGACGCCGAUGUCACCUUCUGGAACACGAAGCACCGCCUCCCACAUUUCCUAAGGGCUCACUUCCUGCAAGGCAUUUACUCCAUGGAAGACAUGGAGGCAAUGAUUGGCCGCAAGAUACCCUCCAUGAACAAGCCCACCCAAUGGGAGAUCAGGAAUAGCAGCAAGGGAAUCCUCAUCGGCGACGCCGCCAUCGUCACCCGCAACCAGCCGGCCAUCAACGGCUACCUCCAUGUCAUCGACAAGGUUAUGUUUCCGUUGCGUUCGGAGCUCCCGCCCGAGCCGCCCACGCUGACGGCCUUCCUGGAGGCCUCGCCAAACUUCGCUCUGUUCCGUCGGUUCGCUCUGAUGUACAACCUGUCGGAGGAAGUCAAGGAGACGGACUUCACCCUCCUGCUGCCCACCGAUGCCGCCGUGCGCCAGUACCUCGGCGACACCAACACCACGCAGCUGGAUGCCGACGUGUUCAAGUAUCACGUGAUCCGCAGCCAGCUGCUCUUCCCGGACCAACUCUACGACGGCGUGCUCAAGAGCACCCUCCUGGGAGCUGACUACCAAGUUCAGUUCCACCUGGACGCCAAUAACAAGACGUUGGUGAACGACGUCCCGUUGGAUGAAACCGUCGUGGAGACGCAGUACGGCAUCGUAAUGGUCAUCCCGCGGGUCCUCGCGGUCCGUCGCAACAGAUGCUCGCAGGAGAUCACCGUGCAAGUCAAUGGUCGGUGCACCGCCUGCGACGCAACCCCCCGCUGCAUCAACAGAUACAAGCCGAUCAAAAUGCAGUUCCCGGAGAACAUGAAGCCCAACUGUCGCUACAGAAAGCGCGUGGGGUCCCGGAGGAAGUCCAUGCCAGGCUGCGUGAUCAAAUGUCUGCAGGUGGCCAAGCAUCAGUCGUGUUGCCCCGGUUACUACGGCCACGAGUGCUACAAAUGCCCCGGGGAGGUGGGCAGGUGGUGCUCCAAUCACGGCCAGUGUCAGGACGGUCUCCACGGCAACGGGGAGUGCCGCUGCUUCGAGGGUUUCCACGGCACCGACUGCGAGGACUGCGAGCCGGGACGCUACGGCGUCAACUGCACUUCCAAGUGCGAAUGCGACCACGGGAAGUGCGACGACGGCUUGUCAGGGAGCGGCAGGUGUGCGUGUCACAAAGGCUGGAAGGGGGCCUCGUGCGCCAUCGAGAUCAAGGACGACGCCUGUGGAGGAGUGUGUGACGAGAACGCCAACUGCAUCACUGUGCCGCAGGGAACCGCCGCCGCCUGCGUCUGCGUCGCCGGAUACCAAGGCAACGGCACCGUCUGCAAAGAGGUGGACCUGUGCAGCCUGUCCAACGGCGGCUGCUCGAAGUUCGCCACCUGUUCCAAAGUCUCGGCGGGCGUGCGGACCUGCACCUGCAACGAGGGCUACGCGGGCGACGGCGUGGUCUGCCUGGAGGCAGACGGCUGCCUGGUCAACAACGGAGGUUGCCACAAGUCGGCCGACUGCAUCAGAACUGGACCUGACACCGUGGCGUGCAGGUGUCAGAUGGGCUUCCAAGGGACUGGCAAGUUCUGUUUUCCAAGCAACCCGUGCAGAACAAACAACGGCGGCUGCAGCAAGUACGCCCGAUGUGAGUAUUUGGGCCUGGGGCAGAGGAACUGCACGUGUCUCCGAGACCACGUGGGCGACGGUAUCGAAUGCCGCGGGAACACCAACGCCGAGGUCUUCAGGAACCCCGAGAACGCUUUGUUCCGCUACAUGCUCUCUAUGUCAAACGCUCGGAGUCUUUACGGAGACGGGCCGUUCACCAUCUUCAGCCCAGUGGACGACAGCGACAUGUAUUCCACCGUUAACGACUGGAAAAUGUACGGCCGUCUCCACGAUCUCGUGGGGUACCACGUCGUCGCCUGCGAAAAGUUGACUUUGAGCGACCUCCAGAGCACCCAGCAGGCCGUCUCCACCGCUGGAUACAUGCUGAAAUUCAGUCUGCGGCAGGGCUCGGUGUGGAUCAACAACGCGUCUCGGAUCGUGAAGAGCGACUACACCACGUCCAACGGGGUCAUCCACCACCUCAGCACCAUGCUCAGGCCCUACCCGCUCAGCAGCAAAGAGCGCAUCCAGAAGAUGAACUUCACUGCAGCCGCCCAAUUUUACCGCUACGGCAGCUUCUACCGUCUUGUGGAGCGCGUGGGCCUGCUUCCGGUGCUGCAGUCGUCCAUCCACCGGCCGUUCACGAUGUUCUGGCCCAACGAGGGGGCGUUCAGCUCGCUGCCCCCCGAAAGGCUGCGCUGGCUCUUCAGUCCCGACCACCAGGACGAGGUGGCCGCCACCGUCAAAGCGCACAUCAUACGCAGCGCAAGGGUUCUGAGCGUCAGUCAACCGACUAAAUUCUCAUCCUUCCGCACCAUGCAUGGAUCAAGAAUCAAGUACAGCUGCGACAAGACCAUAGUGGGCGACAUUUUGAUCAACGAAAACGCAGCCAAGGUGGUGGAGCGCUACAUGAACUUCGACGAGGGCGUGGCCUACGGCAUCGACCGGCUGCUGGAGCCCCCCGGCCUGGGGGCGCACUGCGACAGCCUCGAGAACAGGACCACCUACGGUCGCUGUGGCCGCUGUCUCUUCCCUCCACCCUGCCCCAUCCGACACCAGGACACGGGUCGCGUGGAGAGUUGCUUGAGAGUUCGCAGCAAGUACUCGCUGGGCUACAUGCGCUGGUCUACGGGCCUGGAGAACCCAUUCACCUCGCUCAGGACUUUCGGCUGCAAGCGAUUGUGCAACUUUCCGGGCUGGGUCCAGAAGUGCUGCAAAAACCACUACGGCCGAGACUGUGAGGCGUGCCCCGGCGGCGUGGAGUCGCCAUGCGGCGACCACGGCGAGUGCAGCGACGGCUUACGCGGGACGGGGAAGUGCGAUUGCCUGUCCGGUUUCCAAGGCGACGCGUGCGAGAUGUGCACGCCGGGGCAUUACGGCGCCAACUGCACAGAGUGCGAGUGCGGCAAGCAGGGAAGGUGCGACGAGGGCAUGGAAGGAUCCGGCCGGUGCGUGUGUCGGCCAGGCUGGAAGGGCGACCGCUGCGAGAUCGAUUUGGGUUCCAUCCCCGAAGAGUGCCACCCGUGUCACACUCAGGCCGAUUGCUUGCCAAAUGUGGGGUGUCAGUGUAAACCUGGUUUUCAGGGCAACGGGACCUUCUGCGCUCCCGAGCCGCCUCUGGAUCUGUGCGCCGAGUACAACGGUGGCUGUCACCAGGAAGCUGACUGCAACCAGAAGGGACUGCGAGUCAACUGCACCUGUCGCGCCGGUUACCAGGGUGACGGCUACGCCUGCGACGCCAUUAACAGGUGUGUGGCGGAGACCAAUGGCGGCUGUAGCGACUUUGCAACCUGCAAGUUCACAGGCCCGAACGAGCGUGAGUGCGAGUGCUCGCCGGGCUACGUUGGCAACGGGGUCCAGUGCCUGGAGAAAGUGGUGCCCCCUAUCGACCGCUGCCUGGAGGACAACGGCGGCUGCCACGCCGUGGCCUCCUGCAAGGACUUGCAUUACCACGCCAACACGGCGGGAGUGUUCCACCUGCGCUCGCCGGACGGGAAGUACAAAAUGAAUUUCAGUCAGGCGGAAGAGGCGUGCCGGGCCGACGGUGGCGUGCUGGCCAACUUCAAACAGCUGAGCGACGCGCAACAGUUGGGGAUGCAUCACUGCGUGGCCGGCUGGAUGGACGGCGGGAAAGUCGGGUACCCCACCCGCUUCCCGAGCAUGAAGUGCGGUGAGAACCAUGUGGGCGUGGUCCUCUACAAGGAACCCGUGGACCAGAGCAGCACGUACGACGCGUACUGCUACAGACUCUCAGACGUGACUUGCGAAUGUCCUGACGGCUACAUAGGGGACGGUUUAUUCUGUAACGGCGUCCUGACUGACGUCCUGGCGUCGUACAGCAACUUCUCCAUCUUUUACAAGUUCCUAUUGGACUACGGCGGUUUCUCCGCAGAGGGCCAGCGUCUUGUAGACUUUUUGUCUCAAAGGCAGUCGGAGGUGACCCUGUUUGUCCCGCACGAUGCCGGUUUCAACCCCAGCCAGGUGCUCUCUGGUCGGGAUGUGGAGUAUCACAUCUCCACCAAUCACGUCAGACGACCAUUUAAGGAGCUGCGACACCAGGAAGUCAUCCCGUCCAGGCUCGGCUUCAACUUGUCUGUUACCCAUGGCAACAACGAGAGUCGUAAACUUGUGAACCAGCGCCUCCUACUGGCGUGGGACAUCCCGGCGGUGAACGGAAUCGUCCACGUCAUCGAAGCGCCGCUUACGGCUCCACCGCCUCAGGCUCCCACUCACGCCUGGCACAGCCGCGCCCACUCCAGCGGCGCCGUGUCGGCCAUCUUGGUGUCGCUGCUGCUGACCGGCGUGGCGGCCGUGAUCGGCUACUACGUCUUCAAGCACAAGACGGACGCCUUCAGGUUUCAGUACUUCAAAAAUGAAGAUGAGGACAAUCCGGCGGGGGGCCCGUCCAAACCCGCCCUGGUCUCCAUCCCAAAUCCUUUGUACAGCGGCUCCAGAGCCUUCGCGGAGCCUUUUGGGGAGACCAGUCAGGAGGCAGAGGCGGAGGCGGAGGCGGCAGAACCCGAGGAACCCUCAAAGAUCCUGGAUCUGGACCAGUAAAAGUACUUGUCUCCCCACCCCGCCAGUUUCCAACUUAGGGAGUUUUUGUCUAUCCAAAAAAUCAAAGCCACAGGAAGACGAAGUGAUUGUCAAUAAAGUUUUGCACUCAUCAUUUUUCUACCAAACGAGAGUAUCGUGGUUUUGUCUCAAAUCAUCUCAGUUCACACACAAAUGUUGAAUCAUUGAAAACUGAGACCCGUUUGACCCGGUCACUAAAAAAUCAAAAACUACAGCGGAUGAACAAAUCAGUUAUGGUGUCUGCAGUCCUGUGGUGGUUUUUCUACGAGUGUAAACCUUUUUGAAGACCAGAAACAAAAAUAAUCACGACAUACGAUCUACAGUAUUCAGCUACGCUUCUAAAUGAUGUAAGGGUUGACAUUGUUAGUCACAAGAAACAGUCGGGGUUUUUGAAAAUAGCAGUUGAUCAGUGUCAGACUCUCCUGCAGCCCUCCCUGUCCAGAAAAACCGCAAUUGGCGAAUACAUUUAUCGAUGGGAGUGAACGUUUGGAUUUUUAAAUGACAAGUUCACUCGUC